CCUGCCCCCCCCCACCGGGGUCAUGUUCGCCUCGCCGCUGGUCGCCAACAGCACCAGGAAGGGACUCGGACUGUGCGCCGCGCUCGGGAGCGCGCUUGUCUCGGGCCCGCGCCGCUCCAUCAUCGACCUGUCCUACUCCUCCCACUUCAUGGACUUCGGGGGCUCCGCGAUCCCCCCCUCCAUGAAGAAGCUCGUGGUGCACGCGCUGAGCCCGCGCUUCGGGGACGCCGUGCGCGUGGACACCUGUCCCGUACCCACACCUGGAGACACGGACCUGCUGGUGCGGAACCGGUUCGUCGGCAUCAACGCUUCGGACAUCAACUACUCGGCGGGCCGCUACGAUCCGUCCGUCAAGCCACCGUUCGACGCUGGGUUUGAGGGCAUCGGCGAGGUGGUCGGCCUUGGCCUGAGCGCCAGCGCCCACUUUGCCGUCGGAGAUCCCGUGGCCUACUUCAGCGAUGGCGCGUUCGCAGAGUACAUGGUGGUGCCCGCCAAGAAGAGCAUCCGCGUCCCCUCGGUCAAGCCCGAGUUCCUGACCCUGCUCCUCAGCGGCGCCACGGCCCACAUCGCUCUGCGGCGCCUCGGCGACCUGGCCGCGGGUAAGACCGUGCUGGUGACGGCGGCGGCCGGUGGAACCGGCCAGUUCGCGGUGCAGUUCGCCAAGAAGGCGGGCUGCCACGUGGUGGGGACCUGCUCCUCUGACGAGAAGGCCGGAUUCCUGAAAACCAUCGGCUGCGACAGACCCGUCAACUACAAGGCGGAGGACCUGGCCGCUGUGCUGCGUAAGGAGUACCCCGGCGGCGUGGAUGCGGUCUACGAGUCAGUCGGGGGCACCGUCUUCGACCUGGCCCUCAACAGCCUCGCCGCUCACGGUCGGCUCAUAGUCAUCGGCUUCAUCUCGGGCUACCAGUCGGACCUCGGCGUCCCGCCGGUGCGGUCCGCAGCGCUGCCGGCUAAGCUCCUGAAGAAAUCGGCCAGCGUACGCGGGUUCUUCCUGCCUCACUUCCUGUCCGACUACCGGGAGGCGAUGGAGAGCAUGCUGCGGAUGUGUGUCAGGGGGGCGCUCGUGUGCGAGGUCGAUCGCGGGGACAUGGCUCCUGGUGGGAGGUUCGUGGGCCUGGAGUCGGUGUUCCGAGCCGUCGACUACAUGUACGCCCGUAAGAACAUCGGGAAGGUGGUGGUGGAAGUGGCGCCCACGGUCGACAGCAAACUGUGAAGUCACGAGGACGGGAAACAAAGGUUCCAGGCUGGAUUGUGAUGUGCUUGAACACAACUAAUUGGCUAUGCAAAUUUUGAGUGAAUCGCGAUUUUGCCGGUAGCUCCUUCUCCAGAUUUUGCUGGGGUCGUUCCUGCAGGCUGCGGUCGAAACUCCGCAAAGAGCAAGUCGGCUGCUCUUCCUGGAUGCCCUUCAGUCGUCCCUUACAGUUUUCAUUUGAUUUUUUCCAUCACUUUUCUUGAAACGUCUGUUUUCCAUCCGGUUUUUUGUUGCCUGUCCCGUGCGAGGGCUACGCACUUUGCCACCGUACGCACGUUAUUCAAAGCCGUGGCCGAACCGAGACGCUCCGAGGCCUGGAUUCCAUCGGUUCCUCUAAGUGUGGGAUAAUUGGUGAGACUGGCAGCCGUCGGCUUGUCAGAGCGCCGCCGCUGGGGUCGCCGGAGCACCAGCGGAGAGCGGGAGGACCCGGGCCAGAACCAGAAUCGGCGGUAAAGCGCGUCACGUGGGGAAGCGGAAUGGCGGACGCUUCGGUACACGCACCAAACGGCCGACCGCACCGUGCGUCCACAUUUCGGCCCGCAUCCGGCAAGCGUCGAACCCUCGUUCUGCUCAUCGCCCCCCUUUCCGUGCAACUUCCUUUCUUUCGCCGAAUACCGACUUUGUUGUAAGUGUGUGUCCUCCUGCACCGGCCUCACCGACGACAGAAAUGAACAACCUCGAAGACGAUUUUGUCCAGAUGUUCGGACCGCAAACGUUUCGUCGCCGGUCGAGGUGACGACAUCAACAGCUCGAGCUACGAACACCACCAGUCUUCUCUAGCACCGCUAAAUGAUUUUGUCCAAUUAAGCGCACGCUUUUACACAAUUAAAACAUCCUGCGUUCUCUAAUCAUGAUUAUUAUUUAAACUUUUGUUUGUAUGUGCAAUUAAAAUAGCUCUCACUCAUCGCGCCCUCACAGCGUGCCCUUUUAUCGCUCUUCGCAAAUGACUUUGUAGGAAAUAUCAGCAUAAAAAUUGGAGCUAAUUCGGUCAUGAAGGUACCCUACCCUUAAAUGCUGUGAAAAGAUGUAACCUGUCACUUGGUCACCUGCUCAGAGAUGCCACCUUGCACUUGAAUGUCCCACAUUGGAGCCUCACCUUGAUCACGGCACUUACCCUCAGUUGAUGCACUAAUAAUUACUUGUGUGUAUGAAUGGGUAAAUAAAUACGUCACUUA